UCCGGCGGCGGCGGCGGCGGCGGCGCCUCCUCCGCCGCCCUCGACCCCGACGACUUCCGCGACGUCUUCGGGGGGCCGCCGCGGACGCUGCUCCUCCGGCGAUUCUCCGGCGAUCUCCGGCCCCCUCCGGCGACGUCGAUCUACGACGAGAUCUUCCGCCCCGCGGCGGAGCGCGGCGGCGGGGCGCCGCGGCGGAUGGCCGGAGAAGGCGGGGGACGGGGGGAACGGGGGAGGAGGCUCCCGGGGUUUCGGAUCCCGGAGAGAGGGGGGAAGUUGAGGACGGAGGAGGGUUUUUACGAUGAUAUAUUCGGAUCCGAUGGGGGAGGAGGAGGGGAAUGGAGGAGGAGGACGAGGUCGAGGUCGCGGUCGAAGAGGUCGUCGGCGGUGAGCUCCGACGAGCUCUCACCUCCUUCGGCGGCGGCGCCCGGAGAAGACGACGCCGUGCUCUCCUUCUUCGCCUCCAAGCUCAGGCCGAUUACGAUUUCUUCGUGGCGGCAUGAGGCCUCUCCGCCGUCGACAAUCUCUGUAGGGGAUCAAAGCAGUGUCAGGAGCUUCACCAUUCCAUUCGCGAAUCGCAAAGAGAACUACACAGCCAGCACAUCCUCCUCUAGAUUCAACCAGCAGCAACUCCGCCCGAGCAGCGUUAACUUUCGAUGCUUCUCGCCUCCCGAAACCAUCAGACGAACCCCCUGGGGCGGCAACUCUGAACUGGACUCUCCUCCCUCGGUGAUCUCUUCAGUUUCGGUCGAUCCAGUAAUGCCGUCGAAAUCUGCGGCGACGGAGAUUGAGAAGGUGGCGGUGAUGGAAAUGGACUGCGACGAAGAUAGUAGUAAUACCAUUCCCGCGGAAAGCUCGUUCUUUAUCGAGAUUGACGCCCACGGGCGGAGAAAAGAAGCCACCGAAGUAGACGAAGCGAUCGCGUGGGCGAAGGAGACGUUCUGGAAUGAGAUGCACAAAAAGGUUAAGGUUGAGAAUGGAAAUGAAAAUUUUCCUGACAUUAAAGAAUAAUGAAGAGAGUUCAGCUGUUGGGGAGCAUUCACUGCAUCUUGAGGUUACAAAAAGGCUUUUCAGAAGCAGUUUGUAAUUUGCCAAAAGUCAGACACUAUAAUUACUUAGAAGCUGGAUUUGGAGUAAGAUAGUGUACAUAGCAAAAUGAAUAGAUGGAUAGGUUGUGAGGUUAGCAUGAAUUUUCCUGCCGAUUUGUUCUGUGGAUGUUUUCUGGUUAUAUUUUGAAUGUAUUACGAUUUCUUUUUGAGUGCAAAACAAAAAGGUUUUGAUUUGCAGCACUUGAUAGGCAAAAUUUUGAGAGAAUAAAGUCCAGAAAUUUUGCA